CUCACAACCAACCUGCUUAUCCUCGGGUCAAUCUAAGCUGUUUCUGAGAAGAGACAGUCUCGUCUCAGUGCUAGGAGACAGUCCAGUGGAUGACACCAUAGGAGACGUGCGGUUGGAGAGGGAAGCCAAAGAAGUGGUACCUUUUGGAGGAUUGAAGUGGACUAAGAUACUUUUGUUGAUUUGUAUCUGAUAUUAUUGUUGUUGUUGUUUUCUCCUCUGGACUCUUUUCAUGGUUGUUGCCGAACGCAGUCAAGACAGAGCCGACGUGAUGCCAAUCACCAAAUCAACCAAGAAGAAGAAAUGGAAGAAGGAAGCCGGUGAUGUGGAAGACCCAGAAGUGUGUUCUGCUGUCUGCUACCCAGGCAGCCCUCCAGAGCCAGGUAUUGAGAUGGAGGGACUGGCCAGUAGGAGGCAGUCAGAGACGAUCCCUCUGACCCCUGAACCACAGGAAGUCCCACCACAGAAGAGGAAGAAGAAAAAGAAAGCUCAGACCCAAGACAUGGAGGAGCCGGAGCUGGUGAAUGGGGAUGGGAUGGACCAGCACACGGACGGGGAGGAACAAGCCGUCACCAGGACAAAAACCAAGAGGAAGAAGAAGUCCAAGAUUGACAUGCAUUACGCCAAUGACCUGGGAGUGGAGGAAGGUGACAUCGUCAGUGGUUUGCACCAUGCUAUCCCCCAGCAUUCCCUGUUUUCUUCUCCUCUGGGCCACAGCCAGCCGGUCGGCAAAGUGUUUGUGGAGAGAAACAAGCGUUUCCAGGCGACUGACCCGCCCAAACACAACGCACAUCUACCUGACCACAUGGAGGAUUACAUGGAGACCAGACCCCUCUGGACGACCAGGGACGUAGCCAUGAGAGUACACAGUGGCUUCAGAGUGAUAGGUCUGUUUUCCCAUGGCUUCCUGGCUGGCUAUGCAGUGUGGAACACUGUGGUGGUGUAUGUUUUGGCUGGGGAGCAGUUCACCACCCUACCUAACCUGCUACAGCAGUACCACUCCUUGGCCUACCCUGCUCAGUCUCUCCUCUACCUACUGUUGGCUAUCAGCACAGUGUCUGCCUUCGACAGGGUGAACCUGGCGAAGGCCUCCAUGGCUCUAAGGGGAUUCCUCACUCUGGACCCGGCUGCUCUGGCCUCCUUCUUGUACUUUACAGCGCUCAUCCUGUCCCUCAGUCAGCAGAUGACCAGCGAUCGUAUUAACCUCUACCCCACUGCCAACGAGACCCUGUGGCCCCCUGGUUCAGAGCACCAAAUCCUCCAGCCCUGGAUUGUGGUCAACCUGGUGAUAGCCCUGUUAGUGGGUCUGGCCUGGGCCUUCGUCUCAACGCGACCAGACAUGGACUACACCGAAGAGUUUUUAAUGGCGAUGGCAGUUGAAGACCUCUACCCAAGAUAUGACGAUAACCCAGAUCUUUCAGCCUGAAACUCGUUACGUUCUAUUUGGUUCCAAAGCAGUUUGGAAAAAAAAUAAUUUUUUAAAAAGUGUGUUUUUUUGUUUGUAUUAUGUGUACCAUAAAAUGAUAGAGAUUUCCAUUUCCACAAUGUCAUUUAAACAUUAAAUAAAAGGGGAUCA